UCUGACACUGUCUCAAUUUUCUGCAUUCCACAACACUGACUCACUGAGUUGCUUUCUGCCUGAAAAAUUGGGAACCUGAGAAAAUUAGAACAAUGAUGCUUAAUUUCUCCUAUCACAUUCAUCGCACAUGAGUCUCCUCUUCCAUUUCGCUUCAGUCUCUGGAAAUUGGAGUCCAAUUUGCAGGGAAUCUCUCCUCCCUUUCUCAGCAUCGAAUUUUCCUAAGCAUAGAAUAAAAGACUACAGAUAUGAAAAAAAUCAUAUAAUCAAUUCAAGGAGAUAUGUGAUCAGCUGUUAUUCAUUUCUGUAGAUUUGUGUUUUCUGAAAGUCUUGAUUUCUGGAAAGAAACUUAGGAUAUAGAUAUAUUAGCUAUGUAGUUCUUGUUUACUGCCUAGUUUCAGGCAUGAAGAAAAAAAAAGGCAGUUGAGCUAUCCUUUUUGUGAUUUCCUAUUAUAUAUCUGAUGGGAAACGGUUGAACUUUGCUAAUGGUUUUGAGGUUCAUAACUUGUUUAUUUUUGAGCCAGCAAGAUUUUGAACCUGUAAAUUGAUAAUGGCUUGUGUUGCACUUCGUCCUGUGCGUGAAGAGUCUUUCAACACUGGUGGUAAAUUCACCGGCUGCUUCAGUCCUCGUUUGAGGGACUCAAUUUUGAUUUACCUAACUGUUGGUGGAUCUGUGAUUCCUUUGCGUAUUAUGAAGACAGAUUCAAUUGCUUCAGUGAAACUGAGAAUUCAAACCUUUAAAGGAUUUUUUGUAAAAAAACAGAAACUGGUUUUUGAAGGGAAGGAGUUGGCUCGUAACAGAUCCUGUAUCCGUGAUUAUGGGGUUGGUGAUGGGAAUAUUCUGCACCUGGUGCUGAGGCUUUCUGAUCUCAAAGCUAUUACAGUUAAGACUGUGUGUGGAAAGGAGUUUGGGCUUUAUGUUGAGAAGAGUAGGAGUGUCGGUUAUGUAAAGCAGCAGAUUGCAAACAAAGGGAAAGGGUUAGUAGAUCUUAAGGAUCAAGAACUGAUAUGUGAGGGGGAGGCACUUGAAGACCAGAGGCUUAUUGAGGAUAUCUGUAAGGACAACGAUGCUGUAAUUCAUUUUUUGGUCAGAAUAUCAGAUGCCAAGGUAAGGACUAAACCAGUCGAGAAGGAUUUUGAAUUAUCAAUUGAGGCAUCGUAUGUACACAAUCUGGUGUCAAAUUUACAUGAAGACCAGUUAGGGCCAGUUUCUGUAAGAAAUGAGAUCCUGGAGAAGAAUCAAUUAUCAAGGGAUUAUCUUGUGGAACCAAUUAUUAUGAAUUCCAACAUGAAAAUUCCACCAGUGAUUCACAAGAUAAUUAAGAUGACUUUAGAGGGGUUAGAAAAUGGCUGCAAACCAAUUCAAUCUCCAGAGGGAUCAGGAGGAGCGUAUCUCAUGCAAGACUCAUCUGGCUUGAAGUAUAUUUCUGUUUUCAAACCCAUUGAUGAAGAGCCAAUGGCAAUUAAUAACCCUCGAGGCUUACCUAUUUCCGAGGAUGGUGAAGGGCUAAAGAAAGGUACACGGGUUGGGCAAGGUGCGUUGAGAGAAGUUGCUGCUUACAUUUUGGAUCAUCCUAAGAAAGGACCACGCUCCUAUCAUAACAAUGAUGAACCAGGAUUUGCUGGAGUUCCACCUACAAUCAUGGUCAAAUGCGUGCAUAAAGUGUUUCAGAAUGUUGAAGAUUAUCAAAAUGUUUCGGGUAAUGCUAAAAUAGGAUCGCUUCAGAUGUUUAUGAAGAAUAUUGGAAGUUGUGAAGACAUAGGUCCUAGUGCUUUUCCAGUGGAAGAGGUACACAAGAUCUCUGUACUGGAUAUCAGAUUGGUAAAUGCAGAUAGGCAUGCUGGCAACAUUUUGAUUUCCAAGGAUGGUGAAGACGGUCAUACAAUCCUCAUUCCAAUUGAUCAUGGCUAUUGCUUGCCUGAGAGCUUUGAAGACUGCACUUUUGACUGGUUAUACUGGCCACAAGCUAAGGAACCAUACUCUGCAGACACCAUUGAUUACAUAAAAUCUCUGGAUGCUGAAGAAGAUAUAAAGCUUUUGAAGUUUCAUGGAUGGGAUCUUCCUCCUAAGUGUGCCCAGAUCCUUCGUAUAUCAACCAUGCUUCUUCAGAAAGGUGCAGAGAGGGGACUCACUCCUUUUGCUAUAGGAAGCAUCAUGUGUAGAGAAACACUAAAGAAAAAAUCUGUGAUUGAACAGAUUGUGCAGGAAGCUGAGGAAGCUGCAUUUCCUGGAGCAAGUGAAGCUGCAUUUGUUGAUCUCGUUUCAGUGAUCAUGGAUUGUCAUUUGGAUGAGGUAUUCCCGUGACUGAAUAAUACAUAAUAAUUCCGAUACAUAUUCCUACUAUAUUCAAAAUAUACUGACAAAAUGAUCUUGCUUCUUCGUCAUCCAAGAGGUUGAAACUUGCUUGAUGACGGUGCUAUUUGCAAUAUCCACUUCUCUUAUAAUAUAUAUAUACAUCUCAACAUGGAAAAUAUUUGAAAGUUUAUGAAGGUACUGGACUGGCAAUAUUAUCCCUUUGUUAUUUA